CACUCUCUCUCUCUCUUAGGUUUAAGGGGUUAGGGUUUAGGGUUCGACUCUUCGUUAGGGUUUAGGCAUUCUCCGCGCUCCGAUUUAGGGUUUACGAUCUGAUUCUCCCCUGAUUCGCGCGGUGUACAUCGUCUUCUCCGUUGGGAGGGAGCUCUUCUUCCUUGUAGAGAAGGUGAGAGAGGUGGAUUUGUUGCUUUGCAUCCCUUCGUUCUUGGAGGUGCCAAUGGUGAAGCCAAAGAAGUUUAAGAACAAGGGAAAGGCCAAGGCCGUGGCUUCGGCGGCCGCAGCGGCAGCAGUGGGGGCUCCUCGAACCCCGGGCGCUGGGCCUUCGAAUAAAAGCAAGAAGAGGUUUAAGGCUAAGAAGAAUAAGCCCAUGGCUGUGCCUCCCUUCGCGGCGGCAUCGGUGGCGGCAGUGCCUCCCUCCGCGGCGGCAUCGGUGGCGGCAGAGGAUGGGGGAGCCCAGGCCAAGGACCUGGCCUCGGCUUCCGUUUCCGCCUCCGCAUCUAAAUCGGCAGCUGCGGUUGUUAAUAGCAAAGGAGAGGAGCGUAAGGGCUCCGCGUCCAAACCUGCGGUUGACGGUAAUAAGGUAAAUAAGAAAGGAGAUGCGAAUAAGGUUAAGGAGCCUGUGGAGAAGAGCUCGGGGUUCAUCUUUAUGUGCAGUGCGAGGACGAAGCCGGAGUGCUACCGCUACCGGGUCUUUGGGCUUCCUAGGUGGAGAAUUGAGGACGUCGAGAAGAUCAAGCUUGGGGCCAAGCUAUUCCUCUAUGACUUUGAUUUGAAGCUUCUGUAUGGGGUGUACAGGGCUACAUCAAAAGGUGGGCUCAACCUGGCUCCGGAGGCGUUCAACGGAGCAUUUCCUUCUCAGGUAAAAUUUAGGAUUGACAAGGAUUGUCUUCCUUUACCGGAGGGCACUUUUAAGCAUGCUAUAGAAGACAACUACAAGUCAAAGGGCAAGUUCACCCCUCAGCUUAACUCAAAACAAGUCCGUAAAUUGCUGGACUUAUUCAGGCCCAUUAAUUUAGUGUCGCCGCCAGCACCCGUGCAGUACAUUGAGAGGCUUCCCCCACCUCCUGUUGUUCAUUUGCCGCCUCCCGAGGAUCCGUAUAGAUGCGGACAGGUGUUACAAGCUCCACCUCAAGUCGAGCCCCAAUAUGUGUAUCAGCCUCUCCCUCGUGCACCUGACCCAUAUGCACAUCAACCUCCUUUUCGUGUAGCUGAUCCAUACGCACAUCAACCUCCUUUUCGUGUAGCUGAUCCAUACGCACAUCAACCUCUCCCUCUUCCAGCUGAUCCAUAUGCACAUCAACCUCCCCCUCUUGUAGCGGAUCCAUACGCACAUCAACCUCCUCCGGUUGUAGUUGAUCCAUAUGCACACCACCGAUUUGCACCUGCUGCUCCGGAACCUCCACCUGUUCAUGUGGCCGUCCUGCCUCCUAAUGAUCCAUAUUAUCCAGCUCCCGUAAGUGAUCCAUAUCAAGUGGAAGCUGUGCGAGCUUACUAUCCUGAAAACCCUGUUCAAGCUGAGCGUAUUGCGUAUAGACUCGUCCCUGAGGUGAUUCCGAGGGACCAGCUCCAAGGAAGGGACUACCGGCAAUUAACGGCCCGGGAGGGCGAAGUGGCCCCUCCGCCGCCGCCGCCGCCUCGAUCUGAUCAUGUGCACGAGAUGUACUACCCCGAGCGGUCUGCCAUCAGCCACGCGCCGACACAUUCCGCAGCAGCUGAGUUGGCUCCUCAGCAAGCCCUGCCCCCUCCCUCUCAGCAGACCUAUUACACGACAGUCUAUGAGGAUCCGAACCGCGCAUAUGCUGCCGAGAGCUUGCGGAGGCCGGUCUCAAGCCGUGUUGAUUUGCAGAACAUGCCCGUCUCCUCCCUCUACUCGUUCGCGGGACCUUCCCCCGCAUACCGCUGAUGUUCCAGAGGAUUCUAGAAGUCACUGGUUUGUAUGUCUAACUUCUGUAAGCGCUCUUGCAUCUCUCUCUCUCUAUAUCUCUCUUGGGCCCAACUGUUAGGACUGUCUUGCCAUGUUACAAGAUGAUGGUUGCUCUGAUGAAAAUUGCAGCUCUGCAAAUCUUGUGAAUUGGAAAAAAAUGAAAAAUUGCUUGUGCUCUUCUAUGCUUGAUUAUUUUGUUAGAAAAUAAUUGCUAUAUUCGAUUCGAUUCCUCAAACUUCAAUUUUCUGUUCUGAUUUGAAUUGUUGCGAUCGGUUAAAUCAAGAAUUUUGUUGAA